CUAGCAACUCCUCUAACGGACCCAUUUGUAAACUUCAUCAAAUCGUCCGCAAAACAUAAAUGAGUGAUCAGAAGAGGCUUACACCUUGGUGGAAGGGAAUUUGAUUAUCCUGGACUGCCUUCCUAGCCAAACCAUCUAAUACCUCCAUAACUAUGGUGAAUAGGUAGGGAGACAGUGGGUCUCCCUGUCUUAUCCCCUUACAAGCUUUGAUAUUCCCACAUAAACCACCAUUCAAUGCACUUUAAUAACUAGAGUAGUGAUACAGGCAGCCAACAGUUUAAGAAAGCCAGAGGGGAACCCCAUUGCUUUCAUAACAGUGAAGAGAAACUUCCAGUUAACAGAGUCAAACGCCUUCAUGAUAUCAAUUUUCACCAUGCAUCUUGGAGUAACAUUCUUAUAGUGGUAAUUUCUCACAAGCUCAGAAACUAGCAAGAUAUUAUCACUAAUCGCUCUCCCCUUAAUGAAUGCAGAUUGAGAACCAUAGACAACCUAUUUGCUAGGAUUUUAGAUAUACCCUUGUAAAGGGUGUUGCAGCACGAAAUAGGUCUAAAGCCCUUCAUUUUUUCUGCACUAGGGAUCUUAGCAACCAGAGCAAAAAUAGUGUUAUUAACAAUAGUAGGCAUAAUCUCAAUGGAGAAGAAAGCAAGUGUUACAUCAUCUACAUCUCUACCAAUGACAUCCCAAUGCACUCUAAAAAAUUCAGCGGGAAACCAUCAGGUCUUGAUGCCUUGUCUCGACCAAGAGAGUGAAAAACUUGUUUUAUUUCUGCCCUUGUAAUGCCCUGCAUUAGCAGUGACUCAUCCUUAACUGUUAAUCUGUGGUGUAAAAUCCCUUGAUAAAAUUCAACAAAUUGAUGUUCAACAUGUGGAUCCUCAAUAUCAAUAAGCUUGAGUUAUAGAAAUCCACUGGUAUAGCACCUACCUACAGUAUAUCAGCCACCAUUUCUCCUUGCUUAUUCAUCAUGCGAGUAAUCUGUUGUUUCCAAGUCUUCACCUUGACCAUUUUAUGGAAAAAUGAUAUAUUUGAGUCCCCUUCCUUGAUAACCUGAACCCGUGACUUCUGUUUGUAGUAGAGUUCUUCAGCUUUCUUAACCUCCAUGUACUCCAAACUCAUCCUCUUCUCCACUUCUAUACAUUCAGCACUAGGGUUAUUCAGAGUAGCAUCUGAGCUUGUUGCUCCAUUGCAGCUGCAGCUUCUUUAAUAAUAAAAUAAAAUUAGGGCCAUUUUAUAAUAAAACUAAAAGGCGGCGCUUCUAAAAAUUUUUCCCUUCUUCUGGAAAGUCGCCCGCCGCUUCCACAUCCUAAGAGUCAAAAGUUGAAACCAUUUGAAAGCUAGAAGUACAUGCCUCUGCAAUUUCCAUCUUCGUCCUCGUUGUUCUUCGGAAAUUCACCAGAAGCAUCUCCCUUACGCAACGGCCAACGCCCAACCGCUCCUCCAUGCCUUCCUGCCAAUUUCAGUCGGUUACAUUUAUCACUGAAAAUUAACUUACCACCCAUCACCAAAAACAGAGAAAUUAAACAAAAAAGGAAAGCCAUGGAAAUGAGCUCUUCUCUUUUCUUCUUCAUCCGCCAUGGCUACCUACUCGUUUUCGUCUUCUCCUUCCCGUCUCUCUUCCUAGUACAACUCUCCUUCUCCGAUCCCCGAGCCACGGAGGCAGCUCUGAUGUGCGCCAACCGGACCGCCGCAGACCCAAUCCGGCAGACCUUCAUCACCAACUUCCUGGCGGCGCUCAACGACAUGAACCCACUAAUCGCCAACCAGGGAUACGCCGCCGUCAUCAAAGGAACCGGAAAUGCCACGGUCUAUGCCUUUGGCGAGUGUAUGAAGGACCUCGACGGCAGAGAUUGCAACGUCUGCUUCGCGCAGUGCAAGACCCAGAUCCUCCGCUGCCUCCCCUUCCAGCGGGCGGUCCGAGGCGGUCGCCUGUUCUACGACGGCUGCUACAUGAGGUACGACGAUUACGACUUCUUCAACGAGAGCUCCGGCCCCCAGGACGCCGCGGUCUGCGCGCCGCAGAAUUUCUCCGGUGGGGAUUUGGGGGUUUACGGCGCCGGUGCGAUUGCGUUGGUUAGGAAUUUGAGCGAGCUUGCGGUGGCCAAUGACGGGUUCUCGGUGGGUUCGGUGGAGAGGGGAAACGUUUCGGUUUUCGGAUUAGCCCAGUGCUGGGAGUUGGUCAACGGAAGCGAUUGCCGGAGUUGUUUGGCGGACGCGGUUUCGGAGAUUGGGAAUUGUACUCCCAAGGUAGAAGGCAGAGUUCUGAAAGCUGGGUGUUAUAUGAGAUACUCCAAUCAGAGAUUCUACAACAUUUCCAGCUCCCCCGCGCCUUCUGGAAACGGAGGGCGAAGCCACUUGGGUGUGAUUUUGGCUUCGAUUUCCGCAGCUGUGGCAGCUGGGAUCGUUGUUUUAGCUGCUGUUUUACUUGCGAGGAGAAGGAUCCGCCGAAAGCAAACCCAGAGGAAGGAACUUGGAGCUCUUCUACUUACUGUGAACAAGUCCAGGCUCAAUCACUCGUAUGAGUCUCUUGAAAAAGCUACCAAUUACUUCCACCAAUCUAAUAAGCUGGGACAAGGAGGAUCUGGGUCGGUUUACAAGGGAAUAUUGGGUGAUGGCAAAACAGUGGCUAUAAAAAGGCUGUUCUUCAACACAAGGCAAUGGGUGGAUCAUUUCUUCAACGAAGUCAACUUGAUCAGUGGAAUUGAACACAAGAACCUUGUCAAGUUAUUGGGUUGCAGCAUCACUGGCCCUGAAAGCCUCCUAAUUUAUGAAUACGUCCCAAAUCAAAGCCUUCAUGAAUACCUUGAUGUGGGUUCGGGAAGAAGCAUGAAUGCUGAGCCGUUGACUUGGCAGAGAAGGUUUAAUAUCAUACUUGGAACAGCCGAAGGACUAGCCUUUCUUCACGAGGAGUCAGAAUUGAGAAUCAUACAUAGAGAUAUUAAGUUGAGCAAUAUUCUGCUGGAUGAAGAUUUCUCUCCCAAAAUUGCUGAUUUUGGACUUGCAAGAUUGUUUCCCGAAGGCCAAACCCACAUAAGCACUGCAGUUGCAGGCACAUUAGGUUAUAUGGCUCCUGAAUAUGUUGUUCGAGGCAAGCUGACCGAGAAGGCAGAUGUUUACAGCUUCGGGAUCGUGCUGAUAGAAGUUGUGACGGGGAGGAGAAGCAACUCCUUCUCGAGGAACCCGUAUUCUAUUAUUCAAACGGUGUGGAAUCUGUAUGAAAGUGGUGAUCUGUGUGAAGCUGUUGAUCCAGAUUUACAAGGCGAUUUCCAACGGGAGGAAGCCACUCGAUUGCUAGAGAUAGGGCUGUUAUGCGUGCAAGCUUCCGCGGACCUGCGGCCAUCGAUGUCAGUGGUGGCAAAGAUGGUGGUGGGAGACCAUGAAAUUCCUACCCCAACACAGCCGCCAUUUUUGAACCAUCAGCAUAAUAGUAGCGGGAUUGGUGAAACUAGGAAGCCCGUAAGACCAGCUACCGCUUCCGAGUCCUAUAGCCAUUCUUCUGAGAACAGUACGACACAGAGCUUGGUCGAACCCAGAUGAGAAGUGUGUUAUUAUUUGGUAUUAUUGUAUAUAUAAUCUCUUGUGAAUCUAUAAGUGUUUCAGUUUCUUAUGUACCGUACUAGCUUCGAAUCAUUGUUUCUUGAGCUGACCUGUGGUCGAUUCGUUGUAGAGAGGCGGCGAUAAACAUACGAGAGCAAGAGCACUAGAGCAGAUAACAUUCUUUGUCGUAUGUGCUGUAUAAAAUAAAUUAAUAGGAAACUGUACGACUGGUGUUGUUGCAUACUAAAAGACUAGCAUUUUGCCCUGCCGAUUGGCCGGGUGAGUUUUCUGAUCAUGCUGAUAAGUGUAAUGUGGCAAGAUCGUCAAACUUAUAUAAACGAUUGAAUUAAUCAAGUAAGUGGUCUAAG